AUGCUGCGCCUGCUGCCAUGGCUCCGCGCCCUGAGCCAGGAGAGCGCACGGCCCUGCGUCCUGCCGGGGCUGGCUGCUAGUGACACGAGGGGGGCCAGGAUGUACCCGAGCUGCUACUGUGCGGGGAAGGCCAAGCCGCGGGCUGUGCUGCUCCCCCUGGAUCCCUACUGCCAUGGGCUGCUCCACAGCCUGCCCCCCGACGCCGGCAGGACUCGAGGCCAUGGCAAGAGGAAGAGCUGGAGCUUCAUCCACGAGAAGAUGAGUUACGACACUUUCUUCACCAUGAAGCGGCUGAUAGAGCGGUCGCGGAGUGUGGGGGAGAUGCUGCGCUGGGUCACCCAGAACCCCAGCAAGGUGUCUGCCAGCCACUACCCCAUUGCCCUGCACAAGCUGGGCCAGCUGCUGCAGCAGCCGCAGAACCAGGCCGUGGUAAAUGGAGAACACCGCGGACCCAACCAAGUGCUGGAGCAGCCAGAAUUCCAGGCGCUCUGCCAGGCCAUCAUCAGUGGGUGCUCCAAGUUCGAUAACUUCAGCAUCGUCAAUUGUCUGUACGCUGCCGCGGCCCUGGGCCUCCCUGGCGAGUCGGCCUUGGUGCAGGUGCUGGAGGAUGAGUCCCGGAGCCGCCUGGGGCGCUUCAACCAGAAGGACGUCUCCAUGGUGUUCAGCAGUGUGAUGCGGCUUCACCCAUCCAGCCCCCACCCCCUGGUGGAGUCCUGCCUCAGCAGCCUGGAGCGGCACCUGGAGAAGGAGCGCCACCCACAGACCCUCUUCCUUCUCCUCUCCUACUACCGGCUCCGGGCCCAGGCGCUGCAGGGCCACCCAGCCUCUGACCAGCAGCUGCUCAACAACCGCAAGAUCCUGCGCCUGGUCAGGCACACGCUGGGGCAAGUGAGCGCCGUACGCGAGCACGAGCUAGCCCUGCUGGACGAGAUGUUGGCCCUGUGCGCUCAGGAGGCCAACAAUAAGGCCCUGGAGGCCAUCUUCAGCUCGCAGCUCUUCUAUGAGAACCGCCAGGAGCGCUUCAUCCGCAGCAUGGCAGAGUGGCUCCCAAGGAAGGCCGAGAACCUCACCCCCUACACCAUGGCGCUGAUUGCCAAGUAUGUGGCCCGGCACAGGCUGCGUGAGCUGCGCCUGCUCGACACCAUCGCCAACUUCCUGCUGAAGCGUGGGGAGCAGCUGGAGAGCAAGGUGAUCCAGAAGCUGGUGUUUCCCUUCAGCCGCAUGAAUUACCGGCCAUCUAACCACAGCGAACUCUUCCCCAAGCUGGAGGCCAUCCUGGAGCAGAAGGCAGCCAGCUCGCCCCUGGCCACUGUCAACAUCCUCAUGUCCAUGUUCCAGCUCAGGCACUUCCCCCAGGCUGUCCUGCACCAGGUUUUCUCCCCAGCCUUCAUCACCAAUGUCAUGAGCAGCCCCUACGCGCUGAUCAUGCGCCGCUACCUCUCUCUGCUGGAUGCAGCAUUGGAGCUGGAGUUCCGAGAUUACAGCGGCCCGCGCCUCGAUCCGCACUACCGGGUCCUCAUGUUCGACCACGCCCUGACAGCUGACGAGGCCAACAGGAAAUACAGUUACAAGGGGCUGGUGGCUGAGGCCCUGAGGCAGCUGGUGGGAGAGGAGUGCUACCGGCAGGACGAGGUGCUGCCCCCCGGAUACUGUGCAGAUUUCUUGUUGUGGAUUAACCGCUCGGGCACGGUCCUGCCUCUUGCCCAUGUCCCUGCAGCCUACAAGGUUGCCUGCGCUCGCCCUGGGGUGCCCUCUGCCGCCAGCUGCCUGCGUUCCAGCGUCCUGGCCCUCACCGCUGACUUGCAGGACUUUGCACCAUUCGCUCCGGAGACACCCAGCAGCCCCGAGGGCCCCCGGGAAAGCAACCUCACUGGGCAUUUCCUGCCCACGCUCUGCCCUGCCCCAGGGGGCCCUUGCUACCAGCCCCCAUCAGACUACUACUGCAGCCUGAGCAAAGAGCACUCGCUGGAGAGCCAGGGCAGCUCCACGCUCAGCAGCCCCUCGGAGUGCCUGGCCCCGCAGCCGGCCGCCACUUCUGACUGCUCUCCCAGGGGCACCUCCACAGCCGUCCUCUUCCAGUUCCCUAUCAGCAAGAUCCUGGAGGAGGGGGAGGCAACAGCCGGCUGCCCGGGGCCUGAUCGCAGGGGACAGCAGGCCCAGGAGGAGCUGGGCGAGGGGAAGGCGGCCCCAGCCGAGGAGACCUGUGCUCUGACCUCCCCACACCUGCCCAGCCCCAAGAGAGGGCCGAGCGACGGGCUGCAGGGAGCUGAAGAGAUUCAGAGGGUGGUUCUCUCCGUCAAUGACAAGUGGCAUUACUGCCAGAACUCGGACAUCCUGGUGGGUUCACGAGCCAUGAGGAACAGGCACUUGCAGCUGCUGGGUUACUGCCUGGUUCAGCUGCCCUACAUGGAGCUGGAGAAGGUGAGCGGCGUGGAGGAGGCCAAGCACUAUCUGCGGCAGAAGCUGCGGGAGCUCCGCUUUUGA